AGUUUCAAUAAUACGUUGUAUGUCAAAACAAAAUUAAAACCUAUGUCAAAUUCUUGAGUUAACUUAAGAUUAAUAAGAAAAUAAUAUAUGUCCAUGAUUCUUCAUAUAAAUCAAAAUUAAUGCGACAGUCACAUUAUUAUCAAAGUCGUUUACCGUAUCGUUGGAUUGAACGGUUCGCGAUGUGUAUAUAGAUCGGAUUUCUAAAACUUCCUGGACAACAAACAAAUUUCUCAUUCUGAAGGCGAAGUUUUCAUUCUUCAGCUGGGCUUUAUUACGUGUUUUGUUAAGCAGAUAAAUACAUUUUUAUUAGACGUUUCUGUGUGUCGGAGAAAAUAUAAAACAUGGAUGAAGAUGAACUUGUUUUGCCUGCCAUUUAUAACUUCACUCCGUUGAGGGCUCUAAGAACUACUUCACGGCGGAAGUUGUCGAGUUUUUUAGAUCUUGAAGGAGUACUUGUCGUGGUAGAUAAUGACGGUAUUGAUUCCGAUAUUGUGAAUGACUAUAGCGGACUGGCGGAGCUUGCCGGGUUUAACUACCAAGAUAUAAUGGACAUGAAGCGACAGAGGAGCCCGACCACUGAGUUGCUGGAUCUGUGGACAGGCCAAAAUGGGAACGUUGGUAAACUAUGGACGUAUCUCUAUAUGAUGGGACGUUAUGAUGUGCUAACUGACUGCCGACAGUCGAUUAGUCAGGUUUUUAUAAGAUGAAACGUAAUGAUGCGCCAACUGAGUGCCAACGAUAGAUUGAUCAGAUAUCCGGUGCUGAGGACUUUGAGGGGUGUUGCACAUUUCAUUACCUGUCAUGAACAUAAUCAAAACGAGUCUGAUAUUAUUUGCUUGGUUGCGUUCUAUGCUUCCAAAGGAUUUUUUUCACAGAUUUUAUUGAGUAUGAUGGAAAGUUAUGAUGUGCUAACUGACUGCCGACGAGUGAUAGAUAGGUUUUGCUCGACUGGUAAGU